CGGAUUCUGGAUGCGCCACUGGCACCGACCGAAAGGUCUUGGUGCUUGGCCUUGGGCAUGGCACAAGAAUGUUGCAAAAGUUCCUGCAUGGUGGCAAGGAGUAUGUGGCCACAGUUCAGAUGGGGACUGAAACCGACACGCAGGACUACACGGGCCACGCGCUGCGUCGGUGCCGCUUCGACCACGUGCGGCGCGAGGUACUGGAGGAGGCCUUGCCCGGCUUCCGAGGGACCAUCUCUCAGGUGCCUCCGAUGUUCUCUGCCCUCAAGGUGAACGGCCAACGGCUUUACAAGCUGGCCAUGGAAGGGCAAGACGUGCCGCGGCCCGCCCGGGAGGUGCAGGUGGACGAACUGGAGUUACUGGAGUUCCAGCCGCCCCACUUCACCCUGAGGGUGCGCUGUGGCGGUGGACUCUAUGUGCGAACGCUGGGACAUGACCUGGCCCAAGCAGUCGGCACUGUCGGCCAUGUCACGUCCUUGCGACGGAUCGCCGUGGGCGAGUUUCGGGAGGCGGAUUGCCUUACUUUGGAGGAAGCGUUGGACCCGCAGAAAAUCGCCACCAGGCUGAGACGCUGCAGUGUGCCGAAGCGUCCAAAGAAGCGACUGCUGAGUGCGACGAGUGUGAACCGCGACGCCGAAGCCCGCGAACCGCCUCCGCUUCCACCGCUGAACGGUCCGCCUUAAGUGAGAAAGUCCCAC